AUGGUUGCCCUCCGCAAGCGCAUGCUCAAAAGCCUCAAGAAGCGCCUGUCCAAGCGUGGCAAGAGCGAGGCCGACAUCGGCGCGACUCGCGAAGUUGCGGAGGUCACCGACCAGGGCGCAACCUCCACUGAUCCCGUUCCCGAGACCGACGCCGCGGCCGCCGAGGUGCCCAACCUCGUGCAACGCCUGAGCGGGAUACUUGCAGACGCUGCCGAGAAGUGCGUGGGCGCUCGCUGUCUGAGCAAGUCAGCACCGGGCGAGGCGGCGGCGUCAAAGGAGGAGGCAGCGGCCGAGGAGGAGGUGGUGCUGGCCGAGGCCAAACCGGCAGGAACUCCGGGCGGCCGUCUGUCGGAGGAGGAACUCGAGGCGGCGCGCUUGCAGUGGCGCGAUUAUGGCCUAAGGAGCUUCGACAUGGCACUGGCCAAGGAGAUGUCUGUCACCCGUGCCGAGUACGACGAGGUCGACGAGGUGGCAGCUGCCUACGCGCACGCGACGGCCGAGGCUGCGGCAGCGGAGCCUACCCUCUUCGAUACGCUAAAGAAGUCGGUCUCGAGCUACCUCGGGCGCGACACACCGCCGGUGGAAGAGACGCCCGUGGCGUAA